AUGGCAGCCUCCAAUAAAAGUGACAUGGGGCCGGAAACAUUAAAAAAUCUUAGGCUAAUUGAUGACCGGGUAGUGAGCAAACUCAACUGCUCACUUGUUACAGAUUCCUUCCAGAACAAAGUCGAUCCCAAAAAUGCCUGCAAAGAAUUUUACAAUGAACUAUUAGAAGCUCACAGAAGUCGGGAUCAGUUGAUCAAAUCAUGUGUUAAGGACGUUUCCUCCAAAGUUCACCACCUGCAAAACCUCAAAUCAAAAAACGGAGGUGACAUUGAUUCAAAAAUUUUGCCUGUUUUAAGGAAGGAACAAAAAUUGUUAAGGCAGAUGCAGCAGGAGCUAAACAUCGAGGAGAUCAUUCAAGAUCAAAGUUUGAAGAUAUUCAAAGAGCGAUGUAGACUGUUGUACACACCACCAGAACUGCAAGAAAAGAUCACAUCUUGA